AUUCCAUCACAAACAUGUUCUUUAAGGUAUCUGUAUUACUGGCGCUUGCAGUCGCCGUCGCAGCCCGACCCGAGACUCCUCCCUACUCUCCUCCUGCUCAGCCAGCACCUUCGUACUCGCCUCCCAGCCCAUCCUACAACGCGCCCGCCCAUCCUUCUCCCUCCUAUAGAGCUCCCACCUACAAUGAUGUUCCAGCCCAGUACAACACUCAGUAUGCCGUGAACGACGAAUACUCAGGUAACAACUACGGACAUCAAGAGGACCGAGAUGGCUACAAGACUCAGGGAACGUACUAUGUACAGCUCCCCGACGGCCGUUUGCAGAAGGUCACCUACUACGUAGAUGGCGAAUCCGGCUACGUGGCAGAGGUCACCUACGAAGGGGAAGCACAGUAUCCAGCUUAUCAGCCCGCUCCGUCAACUUCUUAUCAGCCUGCUCCAUCACCGUCUUACGCUUAAUUCACAUGCUGUAUUCGGGAAAUCUGAACAUCGAAUUCUUAAUUUAUUUAUAAUAAAUAUCGUACCUGCUGCAAACAUACCGAU